UCAUCUCUAAUGUUUGGUGACCGGCUGCUGAAAAAACGCGGAAUAUUGUUUAAGUUCUUUGUUUUGCUUUUUAAACUAGUGGAGCUUCAACAAACAUUACCCCACUAGUAACAUACUUGAGCAACAUAUUGAAUAAUGACAUUUUUCGAUGUAUUUUGUACCAUUUGAAUCGGUGUGAGGCGCCGAGAAACGCAACCACGUGAAAUCCAGCAACAACAAGUCGGCGGUGCCAUGGAUUUGUCCGAGUUUUCCGACAUCUAUAUUGAUCACCUUUUGGACUCGUCUGCACCGCUCCAAGAUGGCCAAGUAACGCCUUACAGGCAGGUUCCACUAACUAGGAUUAACGAAAACCGCAGAACCAAGAGAAGCCGGCUGGCCGAGCGGAUCGCCCAAAACGACGAGCUAGUCCGACAGGUGAAGCAGCUCCAGUUCGAGAACAAGCAGUUAGCUGACCUAAAAAGCACCGCCCAGGAGGUGACGAGUCUUUACCAGAAGGAGAAGCAACAGAGAAUUGAACUAGAGAAACGGUCCGCCGAGAUUAGCGAACGUUGCGGAGAAUUGGAGAAGGAGCUGGAUGCCCAGGUGCUGAAUUGUGAGAACCUGCAAGAGGAGCUGCAGCUCAAAGGACUGCCCGUAGAUACCAAAGAUGUGCUGCCCAUUCUAAUGCAGUUGGUCCAGCGAAGGGGUGAAGAUAGUGGUUUCUUGCGGCGGGAGAACAACAUAUUAAAGAAGCUAAAGGACCACUGCAGAUCAUUGGGCAUAAGUGUGCCCCCGCCUAAGAGUCCUAGUUCACGGAGCAAACGGAAAAUCAGUCAGCUGCACCAAUCUACACAAACUGACGAGGAAUCCGCAAAGACUAAACCCGUGCUUUGUUCUGUGGCUGUUCAGGUGGAGGAUCUAAUAGAGACCCGCAACCAGGGUACGCAGCACAAGAACACUACCACAACGCGGGGAACCACCACAGCCUCCUUCAUCCGGAAGCACCAUGUGGGCACCUGCUUUCCCGAACCCAAACCACUGCCAAAUGUCCGGCAAAUACUUGAUGAAAUGCUGUCCUGGCGGAAUGAUAUGGUAAUCGAACCGAUGAGUCCGCUGAGCGAUCCGCAGUCGGAGUUGGAUGAAAUAACCAGCACAGCGAGUGUGGCCACCUGCACCACUCUGUGUGAUAUUCACCGGGAGAUUGACUUUAUAUCCGAACGGCCGUCGCAAAUCAAGGUGUCGGCCUCACGGCCACCCUCGCGGUCCAUGCUGGACAAUGUCAAAGAGGAGGCCAGGUCCUCCAGGGAGAUGGCCAAGGAGCUGCUCAAUUUUCUACCUCAAAACCAAAAUUGCCUGGCCAAUCUGCCGCCACAGGCCUUCGAGGAGCUGUGGCAGGUCUUUGGCCAAAUGGUGCUUGGACUGCUGCAGAGGCGCUCAAACUCAUCGCUAGCCACGCCGCCAAGUGUAAGUCAGGCGGAUUUUACCAAUUGGUUGUAUGAGCUCUAUGAAGGCACGCAAUGGCAGUCGGAACAGAUCCAAAAUAUUGACUCCAGCAAAAGAGACUUCGCCCUCAGCACAGAGUGCAUGGACGUGGGAACGGAUCCAAUCAUUGAGUCGCCCAACAUCAGCCGGGGGGAUGUCACACCCAUUCGUCUGCCAACGAAACCCAGAGAUCGAAAGCGGAAAUCUAAAAAGCGCAAAGCGAUUGCGAUACCAAAACCUAUCUCCAAGCGAAACUGUUUGGAGAUUUUGCCCAUUCCCGACCAAAAUAGCCUCGAGGAGAAGCCAAUAUGUGAGGAAUCAAAUAGUGAAUCAGAAGGACUAGAGCAUGAGCAAAAGCCAGAAACGGCAAUCCAAUUUUUAAGCAAUUUGAAUACAUUUAACAUGCCCAACUGUGAUAAUCUCGAUAUGGAAUUGGAUGAAGAAGAACUCUAUUUACUACUUUUAACAUCCAACGCAAAAAAACAAAAAAAUAAUGCAGAAAUUGGUAGGAACAAGGUUCCAGGAAAGCCUGUAGAAAACGCCGAAUUGAUACUGAAUGGAAAAAAUGCUUCAAAUGCUUCUUUAAAAGAUGCGCAAAAUCGAAAUUGUAUCAAACAGCAACAAACGGAAGUAGAAAGUUUAGAUGAGCCACAAAUCGAAAUAGAUGAAAAAGAGAAGAUUAACAGCGUGAAUUUCAGAGAUUCUGAAGACUCUGACACAAGAUCAGACCCACCUUUGCCAAGCAGUGAACAUGACCCUCAAAAACGCUCAAGAAAAAGUGUUGGGGUAGAAAAAGAUUUAUUUGUGAAAUGUUACUACCCGGAUGACCAGAAGGAUUCUAUUUUACCAAAUUCAAAAUCGUCUCUAUUUGGCAGUGACUCUGAUAUGGAAUCUGACUCGAGCGAAAGGCAAAUGGAUCUCGAAGUAAGUGAUUCGGAGGAUGAUUUCCAAGCUGGUGAAGAGGAGUCUAGAGCAUCUGAUGGCAAAGAGCAAUCAAAGGAGUUCCUAUUCGGGAGUGAUUCAGAUUUGGACGAAAAAGAGGAGCAUAUACCAAAAAGCGCUGUUAGUAACACAGCAGACAAGCAAGAAGUGGUUGCCAAUGAGAUAGAUAAAGCCCUUCCAGAUGAGUUACAAUUGUUUGGAUAUGAAAAUUGUUUUUAUGAACAGACUCGUACGAAAAAUGAGGAGAAUGUUGAUCAAGUCCGCAAUGCGUCAGAAAGUCUGCAUUUACUUGCCGAAAACUCAGAAACUGAAAUUUUACUUACCGAUAGCCAAAUGCCUGAAAAGCAAUCAAUCUUUAUUCAAACCGCACAGUUAAGUGAUGAAUCCGAGGACGAGCACAGUCUGGUUAUCGAUGAAGAAAUCCCCACCUCGCAACUUCCUUUUGAAAUACCUUCACCCCUUCUCGUACCAGCUAAACGAAAAAGGACGAAAAGUGAGAUCAGAACACCUUCGCCACCUGAAGAAGUUCGUUUAACUCGUCAAAGAGCCAAACAAUUGCUAAAUGAACAGAAAUCAGUCCCUGAAAAUGGGCCUUCACUUGUAGAACAAAUAAGAAAUCAACUAAGACAAGCAUUAUCCAAACCGGAGUCUUUAAAAAAUAACAUUCAGAUGGAUACUGAAUCGGUAGAGCAAAUGAAGAAAAAACCAGAAACUGAAGAAAUUGAACUGCAUCCCAUCCAGCAGGCCUAUACAUUCAGCGAAGAGUCACCAGCCUCUCCUGUUCCCCAGCCAAUCGAGGAAUGUGUCAACCCACCCAUCGAAAUACCUCUGGAGCAAUCUGCUUGCCCCGGGAAAGAUGGCCAACUUAAGUCAAUUUUAGAACACGUAGUUCAAGUGGACAAAGGACUCGAUAAGCUAAAUAAGACGAAUAGAAAAACUUUGGGAAAAGCCCAGCCUCAACUUUGUGCUGCAAUCGGCAAUUAUCUUCAAGAGACCAUGCAGCUGGAAUCGUCCUGCAGCGACCUAGCCAUGGAGAUCUACAAGGUGACCAAGGAUGAGGCGGUGGUCGUUAAUGCCAUGAUAACAGUUAUCUGCAAGAUUGGAGUCAAGGAGGAGCCAGUGGAUCGCUUGCUGAAUGCCUUGAAGUAUUUUGAUUUCACGCAAAGAUUUCUUUGCGAACUCGAGGAGCGUCUGUUCCGGAACACCAAGGAGCGGCCAGCUAUUGAGGUUGCUCUGAAUUAUGUAAAGCUCUACCUAAAAGCGGUGGCCCUACAGACGACUCUAAAGGCAGGAUACGAAAACCCGGCGAGGCUUCUGCUGGCCAAGAUACUGUACCACUUCGACCGGGAUAUGCCAUCGCUGGUAAUUGAGGUGAUGCGGGAAUUCCCCACUGUGAUGCCACACCGCGAGCAGCGAGCAUACGACAACUCGGAUCCCCUGAUUACCGUGAUAAAGCACCUGCUGAUGACCCGAAAGUACGACAUGCAUGAUCCGGAGAGCGCCGAUAGGCAGCUGCUAUCCAAGUUGCGCUUCGAGUACCACUUUCAACCCUUCGAGCCCACCAAACAACAGGUGCUGGAGAACCUGGUGGGGAAGCUGAAGGCUGGCCGCCUGGAGCAACUGGGCUACGCCUUUGCGCUCUUCUGCCGACGCUCAACGUUCCUGAAUGUGCUCGACAGCGUGCUGGGGGAACACCUAAUGCCACUCGCCACCAGCUACUGUGACCUCGCCACCCAGGACAAGUCAUACGAUGACCGACUCGUGGUUGUGCUGCAGUGCAUCUCCUUGGUUCUGAAGCCACUGCCUCUGGACACAGAUAUCUCCGCCUUUGUCGGCCUUUUAAAGCGCCUACUCGUGGCAGUGCCACGACCUGGAGUUCAGAUGGCGGCUGCGCAGGCCUGUCUGCGUCUACAAAGAUUCGGAUUCAAGUACAUUUUCGAUGUCCUGAAGGACUACAGGCCUAGCUACGAGAUGGAUUCGCUGACGCGAGCUAUGCUUCGAUGCUUCGCGGAGCGGCGAAGGCAGUUCCGUUCUGCGGCGACCACUGGAAAGUCCGCAAAAACUUAGGAGAUUACCUUGAAUAAAUUGCAACUAUUUAUUUUAUGUAAUUGUAUAGAAUUUGAAUUAAACUAAAUGCCAACUGCGCUGCGGAUCUUUA